AUGUAAGUUAAAAUAUUCAACAACAAAAAAAAAAAACAAAUAUCUUCAUUUAAAAAUGGCGUCAAAGCAAUCCGGCUCAAAACCACGAAAAUCAGUCUCCAAGUACACGAAUUUGCAACCGUCUUCCACUACUUCGUCUUCGAAACACGUUGUAGAAGCUUCGGUUGAUAAUUUGAGCUCGCCGUUGAGUUCGGAGAGAUCGAAGGAGAACGUUACCGUUACGGUUCGGUUUCGGCCGCUCAGUCCGAGGGAGAUACGGCAGGGAGAGGAGAUUGCGUGGUAUGCGGACGGAGAAACGAUUGUGCGGAAUGAGAAUACUCAGUCCAUAGCAUAUGCAUACGAUCGGGUGUUUGGGCCUACCACAACAACACGUCAUGUGUACGAUAUCGCCGCCCACCAUGUUGUCGGUGGUGCUAUGGAAGGUGUAAACGGGACUAUCUUUGCAUAUGGUGUUACAAGUAGUGGGAAGACACACACAAUGCAUGGCGAUCAGAGGUCCCCUGGAAUCAUCCCAUUGGCAGUAAAGGAUGCUUUCAGUAUAAUUCAAGAGACUCCAAGUCGUGAAUUUCUCCUUCGUGUCUCAUAUUUGGAAAUUUAUAAUGAGGUUGUUAAUGACCUGCUUAAUCCAGCUGGCCAAAAUUUAAGAAUCAGGGAGGAUAAUCAGGGAACCUUCGUUGAAGGUAUAAAGGAGGAAGUUGUGCUAUCUCCUGCCCAUGCACUUUCCCUUAUUGCAGCUGGAGAAGAACACAGACAUGUUGGUUCAACAAAUUUUAAUCUGCUCAGCAGCAGAAGUCACACAAUAUUUACAUUGACGAUAGAGAGUAGCCCUUGUGGUGUAAAUGGUGACAGCGGGGAUGUCAACUUGUCACAGCUGAACCUCAUAGAUCUGGCGGGUUCUGAGAGCUCUAAAGCCGAGACUACUGGUGUUCGGCGGAAAGAAGGAUCCUACAUAAAUAAAAGUCUGCUGACCCUUGGAACUGUUAUAUCAAAAUUGACAGACAUGAGAGCAGCUCAUAUACCAUACAGGGACUCGAAAUUGACUCGGCUCCUUCAAUCUUCACUAAGUGGUCAUGGACGAGUAUCUCUUAUUUGCACGGUUACUCCCUCAUCAAGCAAUUCAGAGGAGACACACAAUACAUUAAAAUUUGCCCACCGUGCCAAACACAUUGAAAUUCAAGCAGCACAAAAUAAGAUCAUUGAUGAGAAAUCCCUUAUCAAGAAAUACCAACAUGAAAUUCGAUUAUUAAAGGAGGAGCUAGAACAGUUGAAAAGUGGCAUCGUUGUAGUUCCUCAGUACAAGGAUACCGGGGGUGAUGACAUUUUUCUACUUAAACAAAAGUUAGAAGAUGGUCAAAUGAAGCUGCAAUCGAGAUUGGAGCAAGAAGAAGAAGCCAAAGCGGCUUUGUUAAGCCGAAUACAGAGGCUGACCAAAUUAAUCUUAGUUUCCACGAAGUCUUCUCCAUCAUCUAAACUUUCUCAUCGCUCUAAUUUAAGACGACGACAUUCCUUUGGUGAAGAAGAGCUUGCGUAUCUCCCACAUCGAAAGCGUGACUUAAUUUUGGAUGACGAAAACUCUGAGUUGUAUGUUUCUCUUGAUGGAAGUGUGGAAAAUAAUAGUGAUCUACUGAAAGAGGAGAAAAAGGCCAAGAAACCUGGGUUACUUAAUUGGUUGAAACCACGGAGACGAGACAGUAUCUCUGGGGCUUUGACCAGUCCUAGUGAUAAAUCAAGUGUUGCCAAAUCUAUCAGUACACCUUCAACGCCCCCAGCAGAUAAUCCUACUGAAUCACGGCAUUCACAGUCUCUACUAUCGGAGUGCAGAUCUGCUGAAUUCUCACCGGGGGCCAGACAACAUCAAGACAUCAAUGAAGGUACAUUUCUACAAGAGAGUCCUCUAGUAAGCACAAGGACAAUUGACCAAAUUGACCUCCUUAGAGAGCAGCAAAAGAUUUUGUCUGAAGAGAUGGCAAUUCAUACAAGUGCUCUAAAGAGAUUGUCACUUGAUGUUGGAGACCCACAGAGGGAAUCUAUGAAUGCGGAGAUCAUGCGGUUGAAUGAACUAAUCAAGUCAAAGAAUGAUCAAAUCAAAUUCAUUGAAGACAAAAUUGCUAAUUCUACCGUAUCAUCUUGUCACAAGAUGAAUGAAGUUGAACAGCGAUCUUUGACAGAGCUAGAAGCACAAUUAAACGAGAAGGCCUUUGAGCUUGAGGUUAAAGCUGGGGAUAAUAGAGUACUUCAAGAGCAGCUCAACCAAAAGAUCAAUGAAUGUGAAGGACUACAGGAAACAAUCAACUCCUUGAAAAAUCAACUUUCUGAUGCACAGAGUAAACUCGAUGCUGAAAGAGAUGCAAAGAUAAUGCUGCUUCGUCAAGCUCAGGCACUUGAAGUUGAAGAACUCAAACACAAAGUGACCGAGCUAACUGGAUCAAAAGAGCAGUUAGAAUCCCGAAAUAAAAAACUAGCUGAAGAGAGCUCUUAUGCCAAAGGCUUAGCGUCAGCCGCUGCAGUUGAGCUUAAGGCACUCUCAGAAGAAGUUGCAAAACUAAUGAACCACAAUGAGAGAAUCUCAGCUGAGUUGGCAUCACAAAAGAGCUCCCCACACCAACGUAGACCAUCGGGUGCCACUAAAAAUGGACGUAAAGACAAUGGCCAUUUCAGACAUAAAGAAGCCAGCCCUACACAAUCAGAAUUAAAGAGAGAACUCGCAUUGAGCAAAGAAAGAGAAAUGUCUUACGAAGCCAUGCUAUCUGAAAAAAAUCAAAGAGAAUCUGAUUUACAAGGUAUAGUAGAGCAAUCUAAAGAGAGAGAAGCGUAUCUUGAAAACGAGCUUGCAAAUAUGUGGGUUCUUGUAGCAAAGCUGAAGAAGUCACAAGGAGCCAAGACCGAGGUGUCAGAGUCAAGUAGGGAAAGUCAAGAUGUUGGUAGCUUCGAAAUGUGGAAUGGUAUCGGACAAACAAAGGACUUUGUAUAACUUGAGCAAAAUUUGCGUGAUUUGUAGGCCAUUCGAGGAAAUUUGUGUUAUGCAGGCAGUAGAAUAGAAUUAGAUGGUAGUGUUUGGGGUUAGGAAUUGGGAUACUGUGUGUUGUGUAAAAAAAUGUCGUCUUGAUUUUUUUUUGUAGGAGCUUAAAGUAUUGUACAAAUCAGGAUGUUUGCCAUCUACCUUUCCAUUUUUUGGGUUCA